AUGAGGGGUCCUUUGGGUGCAGUCAUUGGGAGAUAUCCAUCAAGUGAUGGAACUACCCAUAUGGGUGGGAUCAUAAGGCAUAACAGGAAAUGCAGUGACAUAGCUGUUCUUGUCAUCUUUAUUGCCUUCUGGAUAGCCAUGAUUGUUAACUCUAGCUUUGCUUUCAACCAAGGUAACCCAUUAAGGCUUACUUAUGGACUGGAUUACAAAGGAAAUGUGUGUGGGGACAAGCAUGCUGGGCUUCGUGAAUUGGAGCUCAGAUACUGGCUAAAUCCUAAUCAGGUUUAUCAAAGUGGAUUGAAGGAUAGCCAAUUCAAACUCGCCAAUGCUCGCAGUAUAUGCUUGUUGGAUUGCCCCAUGCCUCCUGGAGAUUCACUUAGUUGGGUGUGUGAUUAUCCUGAAGGAGAUAUUCGUGUUUCAAUGGAUGAUUGGAUUGAUAUGAACUACAAUUAUUUUGAGUUCCUUACUCCAGAAAUGAGAAACUCCUCUCUUCAACUUCAGGGUCCUUGUUAUCCUGUCAUAUUUCCUAGUGUAAAUGUUUACUGGAGUUGCCAAUUCAUUGCUCAAGCAUCAAAUGUGUCUUUAAAGCAUUGGCAGCAGAUGGGUGGAGUUAACAUCAAUGAGGACAUUGUUAUUGAUAUGUCCAUUCACAAUUAUAUCAAUGCUCGGUCAGCUGUAUUGAAGAGAUACAUGGCCGACAUAGGAAAGGCAUGGCCUGUGCUGAUUGUUUGUGGAGGGAUUUUACCUCUGUUUCUGUCUGUGAUUUGGCUGCUGAUGAUUCGGCAUUUUGUUGCUGCAAUGCCUUGGAUAACGGUGUUUUUCUUUAAUGUUCUAAUAGUAUCAGUAACAAUGCUCUACUACCUAAAAGUUGGAUGGAUAGGAAAUGAUGCUAUUUCCCCCAUUAUUGGUGAGCAUGAUCCUUACAUUCAUAUAUUUGGGAGGGAGCUGACUCAUCUACGUGUUGUCACUGUCACUAUGACCUUUAUCAUGGUUGUUUCCAUUCUUACAUCAAUUGCUAUUGUUCGGCGCAUCCUUAUGGCAACUUCUGUCCUUAAGGUUGCUGCAAAAGUGAUAGGAGAAGUUAAAGCACUUAUUAUUUUUCCGAUCAUACCAUAUGGUAUCCUCGCUGUGUUCUACAUGUUCUGGAUUUCUUCUGGUCUCCAUUUGUUCAGCUCUGGUCAGGUUGUUCAGAAUAACUGCAACUCUAACUGCUGUGCAUAUGAUCUCAUGGAGAAAAAGGUGAUCUGUGAUCAUUGUUGUGGUUACAGCAUUCGUUACACACCACAUAUUGGAGUUGCCAUCCUUUUUCACCUAUUUGGGUUUUAUUGGGCAACACAAUUUUUCAUAGCAAGCUCAUCAACUGUGAUUGCUGGAUCUGUUGCAUCUUAUUAUUGGGCCCGUGGCGAAGCAUCUCCAGAAAUUCCUUUUCUUUCAGUCGUUUCCUUCAUGAAGAGGCUUAUGCGUUACAGUCUAGGUUCUGUGGCUCUUGGCUCUCUGACUGUAUCAUUUGUAGAAUCAAUCCAUUUUCUACUUGAAUCUAUACGCCGUAAACUAAAAGUCUCCAGUCACAUGCCUGACAGCUGGAUUGGCAAGGCUGCAUACCAAUCUUCUCAAUGUUUUCUUAGGUGUAUUGAGUGGACCAUCAAAUCAGUGAACCGAAAUGCUUACAUCAUGAUUGCUAUAACUGGUAAAAGUUUCUUUAAAGCUUCAGUUAUUGCAACAGAGUUGAUCAUGAAUAACAUCCUACGGAUUGGGCGUGUCAAUGUGAUUGGAGAUGUUAUUUUGUUUCUUGGAAAACUGUGUGUCAGCCUCUCAAGUGCUGUUUUUGCUUUCAUCAUGUUGGAAACACACAAGUACAGAGAUGCGCAUAACAAGAUCUCAUCUCCGCUCUUGCCUGUCAUGGUUUGCUGGGCUCUUGGAUAUAUUGUUGCUACUCUUUUCUUUGCGGUUGUAGAGAUGUCAAUUGACACCAUCAUUCUCUCAUUCUGCCAGGAUUCUGAAGAGCAUGGGACAGCACAAUAUGCUCCACCCCUUCUCAUUGAAACUUUCAGAGACCAAAAUGAGAUGCAGAGACUUACACAAGGACCCAGUGAUGACUUUUAACAUAGCUUCAAGAUUUAGAAUUUUGUUUAGGUGCUUAUUUUUGCCACCUGAGUUCUGUUC